GUUGUGGCUCAAAAAUCUUGUUCCAAUCAGACAACAAAGUUUGGAGAAAAGUGGCGAAACAGCAUUGCCCUAUCCCACCCUAACCCUAUGGAGAGCUUAAUUCUUCCCUGCAAAACCAUAACUCCCUCAAAAAUAGUAGAAAUCCCACCAAAAUCCAAAACUCAUUCGAGGAAUACUUCGCCAAAGCUCAUCAACGACGCCUACUUAAAGCGGCUCUGCAAACUUGGCCAGCUGAGCGCGGCUAUCUCCGCCUUGGACUCCUGCAGCUCCACGCUCCACGCCCGCGCCAAGAAAUGGAUGCACGAACCCGACCCGUUUCUUGAGACCAAGUUGGUUGGUAUGUUUGCUAAAUGCGGCUCCUUGGAUGAUGCAUUCAAGGUGUUUGAUGAAAUGCGUGAGAGAAACCUGUAUGCUUGGUCGGCCGUGAUUGGUGCUUUCUCGAGAGAGAAGAAGUGGGGUGAUGUUGUAGCGCUGUUUUAUUGGAUGAUUGAGGAUGGUGAUGUCGUUCCCGAUUAUUACAUGUUGCCCAAGAUUUUGCAGGCUUGUGGGAACUGUGGUGAUGUGGAGACUGGGGAGUUGAUUCAUGGGAUGGUGAUCAAACGCGGGUUGAAUGGUGACCUUCGCGUCAAUAACUCGAUUCUCUCUGUUUAUGCCAAAUGCGGACGUUUGAGCUCUGCAGAGAAGUUUUUCCAUGGGAUGUUAGCGAGUGACAGGGUAUCUUGGAAUGCACUCAUUACGGGUUAUUGUCAGGCGGGAAAUAUAGCUGAGGCGCAGAGAUUGUUUGAGUUUAUGCAAGAAAAAGGUCUAGAGCCUGAUGUUGUCACUUGGAAUGUGUUGAUCUCAAGCUAUAGUCAAUUGGGGAAGUGUGAUGUUGCAAUGAAGUUAAUGACUGAGAUGGAGACUCGUGGAGUGAGACCUGAUGUAUGUACAUGGACUAGUACAAUUUUGGGUUUUGCACAAAAUAAUCGGAGGUUUGAGGCAUUGAACUUGUUCCGGGAGAUGAUCCUAGCCGGGGUUGAACCAAAUGGUAUAACGCUUAUGAGUGCUAUCUUGCCUUGUUCCCUUGAGAAAGAUAUUAGAAAAGGGAGGGAAGUUCAUCUGGUUGCCAUAAAGCUUGGGUAUGGUGAAGAUGUGCUUGUGGGUAAUUCACUUGUUGAUAUGUAUUCCAAGUGUGGGAAGCUUGAAGCUGCCCGAAAGGUCUUCGAUAUGAUCUCAGAUAAAGAUAUCUAUACUUGGAAUUCAAUGAUUGCAGGCUAUUGCCAAUCUGGAUACUGCGGCAUUGCAGAUGACCUCUUCAAACAAAUGCAGGAGUCCGGUGUCUUGCCAAAUGUCGUCACAUGGAAUGUGAUGAUCACAGGGUACAUUCACAAUGGAGAUGAGGAUCAGGCUUUGGAUCUUUUCUAUAUGAUGGAGACGAAUGGGGGUGUCAAGAGAGACACUGCCUCGUGGAAUGCUCUCAUUGCAGGGUACUUGCAUCAUGGGCAGAAGGAUAAAGCAUUGAGGAUCUUCCGGAAAAUGCAAUUCUAUGGUGUCAAGCCGAAUGCAAUCACAACUUUGAGCAUCUUACCUGCAUGUGCAAAUUUGAUUGCUUUAAGGAAGCUGAAAGAGAUCCACUGCUGUGUCCUACGCAGCAAUUUGGAAUCCGAGGUUUCAGUUGCGAAUUCUCUGAUAGACACGUAUGCAAAGUGCGGGAGUGUAACGUACUCAAGAUCCAUUUUUGCUGCAAUGCCGUCCAUGGAUAUCAUCACUUGGAACACAUUAGCAACUGCCUAUGUUUUACAUGGAUAUUCUAGCGAGGCGAUUGAGCUCUUUGAACGGAUGAGGAAACUAGGGUAUAAACCAAACAGAAGCACAUUUGCUAGUAUAAUUUCUGCCUAUGGUCUAGCUAAGAAAGUCGAUGAGGGUAAACAUGUUUUUUCCCUGAUGACCGAAGAGUACCAUAUCUUGCCAUGUUUAGACCAUUGCGUUGCAAUGGUAAAUUUGUAUGGUCGUUCAGGGAAGCUUGAUGAAGCAUUUGAAUUCAUCAGAGGUCUACCCAUAGAACUCGGUGUCUCUAUUUGGUCUGCUGUACUAACUGCUUGUCGUAGGCAGGGGAAUGUUAGAUUGGCAAUCCAUGCAGGGGAAAGGUUGCUUGAACUGGAACCAGAUAAUGCUUCCACACAAAGGUUGGUUUUACAGCUAUAUGAUCUACGUGGGGUGUCAAGGGACUCUUCAAAGAUGAAACGGCCCCAAACAAAAAAACUCCUUACUGGACCUAUCGGCUGUAGUUGGAUUGAAGGGAGAAACACAGUACAUGCUUUUGUCACCGGUGAUUUCUCCCAGCUUGACGGUAAAUGUCUGCAUUCGUGGAUAGCAGGCAUCGAAAUGAACACUAAGGAAUCGAAGCAUCAAGACAUGGUUAGCAUCCAAGAGGAGGAGGAGAAAGAAACUGGUGGGAUUCAUAGUGAAAAGCUGGCGUUAGCUUACGCUGUCAUCAAAUGCCAUCAGCCACCGCGAAGUAUUAGGAUGGUGAAGAACCUGAGAAUGUGUGACCAUUGCCACAGGUUUGGUAAGUUGGUGUCGAGUAAAUAUGGCUGUGAAAUAUAUGUACAUGAUUCAAUAUGCUUACACCAUUUCAAGCAGGGGGUGUGUUCUUGUGGUGACUAUUGGUAAAUGUAGAUAUGACAACAACAUUGAUUUAUUUUGUAGAAACUGUAGAACAAUUUUUAUAGGGCAGCUGACUCUUAUCCUUGCCGGCGGCUGGCUUCUCAUGAAAAUAUUGAGAUAGAAAAUCACAGUGAUUAUUUUGUAUGUAUUAUUAAUGUAAAGAGGAGGAAAACCAAUUGUAUUUGAUAGGCAUAUUGUUCAAAAGUUUUGGAAUCUAUUUUAUCAAACUGUAUAUAUUUACCAUCAAUCGUUCGAUUGAUAAAUACUGGCAGUUUGUACUCUA